UGACGGAAGCGCGCCGGGGUGACCUCACCGUCCAACAUGGCGGCGGCGGUAGAUUAGGGCCGCGGGUCGAAGCAGCCGCCGCCGCUCCCGGACCCUGCGCGAAGCACCUGCUGCCGCCGCCGCCUCCUCCUUCAUCCCUUCCGGGGCCAGGCCGGGGCCAGAUUCCCAACAUCCUUAAAUAGACCUCUUUGGAGCUUCUUCAGCCAGUUCAAUGGCGUCCUCUACUACUGUGCCUCUAGGAUUUCACUAUGAAACAAAGUAUGUCGUUCUCAGCUACUUGGGACUUCUCUCUCAGGAGAAACAAGAAGGUCCCUCACCCCAAGGAGUUCAACUAGAAGCCGUUCCACAGUCUCUGGACCCAGAAGUUUUAUUAAAAGUUAAAUCUGAGAUUGAAGAAGAACUGAAAUCCUUGGAGAAAGAAGUCUCUGAAGCCUUUACCAGCACAGGCUUUGACUGUCACACCUCACCAGUGUUUAGCCCUGCUAACCCCGAAAGCUCAAUAGAAGACUGCUUGGCCCAUCUUGGCGAAAGAGUGUCCCAGGAUCUGAAAGAGCCUUUGCAUAAAGCGUUGCAAGUGAUCCUCAGCCAGCCAGUGACAUAUCAGGCAUAUCGUGAAUGUACAGUGGAGACUGCCGUUCAUGCCAGCGGAUGGAAUAAGAUUUUGGUGCCUCUAGUUUUGCUACAACAAAUGCUUUUGGAAUUGACACGGCGAGGUCAAGAGCCCCUGAGUACCCUGCUACAGUUUGGCGUGACGUAUCUGGAGGACCAUGCAGCAGAAUUCAUCAUUCAGCAAGGUGGCUGGGGCACUGUCUUUAGUCUUGAGUCUGAGGAGGAAGAAUACCCUGGAAUUAUCGCAGAAGACAGUAAUGACAUUUAUAUCCUGCCCAGUGACAACUCCGGACAAGUCAGUCCCCCAGAGUCCCCAACAGUGACAACCUCUUGGCAGUCUGAGAGCCUACCUGUCUCACUGUCUGCUAGCCAGAGUUGGCACACAGAAAGCCUCCCGGUCUCCCUUGGGCCUGAGUCCUGGCAGCAGAUCGCCAUGGAUCCUGAGGAAGUGAAAAGCUUGGACAGCAGCGGGGCGGGGGAGAAGAGUGAGAACAACUCCUCUAACUCCGACAUUGUGCACGUGGAGAAGGAGGAGGUGCCGGAGGAGGCGUUCCCAGGGGCCGCCGCCGCGCCCUUGCUGCCACAGAUCGCCACCAAGGAAGCCACCGAAGUGAGGGUGGAGAAAGGCAGCCCCACUCCAUCGGUGUUUGUGGAGUUUGGCGAGGAGGAGCUGGAGGCGGCAGCCGCGAGACCUGCUGCCUUGGAGGGGGCGGAGCGGGCGGUCCAGCUGAGCGCGGAGGGGGCCGGGAGCGGGAAAGAGAGCCACACUGGGGAGGCCACUGCUGCCGGGGCAGCCAGGGGUGCCGUGGGCGCUGAGGGCAAGGCCGUACUGCUGUUUGGGGGGGCCGCUGCGGUAGCCAUCCUAGCAGUGGCCGUUGGAGUUGCGUUGGCUCUGAGGAAGAAGUAAGGGCUUCUUCAGGGGUGAAGAUGGAAGGACCCUGCGGCUUUAGUUGUAUCCACUGGAACUCAGACCGCCAGCAGCUGGCUGGACCUUACACUGGGGGAUUGGGCUUUCUCUUCAGCAUGGCAGUGGCUUGAGAUACUGUUCCCAUUGGCCUGCUUGUCAUCCCAGGGGCCUUGGCUCAGCUAGAUUUGGAAGGGUAAGAGUGAAGCUCCCAUCUAGAACAGGCCUGUCCACUUGGGCACCCUUGACCUUUCAGUAAUUCUCUGUAGGAGGCUGCCUUGUGCGUUAUGUAACGAUCGGCAACAGCCCUGGCUUCUUUGUACCCAUUAGAUGCCAGUGGCACCCCACUCCCAGUGAAGGCAGCCAAAAAUGUCUCCUACAUUGCCAAAUGUCCCCCGUGGACAAAGUUACCCCCUGUUGAGGGCCAUUGCUUUAAGGGAUAGGGUUCAAUUAAGAUAAUCUGGGGGGCGGGGCGAGAAUCUGGGGGAGGAAGCCGCAGCUGGGGCCAGCCAGCUGUUCAUCCUGUUGCAGUUUCUCAGAACAGGUGAACUUGCUGUGCUCUGCAGCUGUUUUUAUUCUGGUUCCCCAUUCUGUAGCGUGAGGUGCUCUCCCACAUUGCACCACCUCUCAGGUACUUCAGCACAGUGUGUCUCACCCUGUACCCCUUUCACACCCAACAACCCCCCGAAGCCUCCCCAUGGCUCCAUCUUUUAAAGAUGCUGCCUUUAGGAACCUUUUAAAAGAUAAAUACCCAGGCCAGGUUUGGUGGCACCGUCUGUAAUCCCAGCAUUUAGGAAGUAGAGGCAAAGAGAGUAUCACGAGUUCAAAACUAGCCUAGUGUACAUACUGAGUUUGAGACCAGCCAGGACUGCAUGGUGAAACCUUGUCUGUCCCAAGAAGACAAUAUGUUGAAGCCGUGGGGACUUAGGGUCCUCCAGUCUGAUUGCCAGUACAGGCUGCAGUCACUGUUCUUAGAGGCAGGAAGGUGGUCUACACAACCCGUCAAGGUCUGUUUGACCUCUUCCUGGUGUAGCUAGCUACCCCAGGUGCCCAUGACUUAGCAGUGAGACCUCUGAUGACAUGUACUUCAUCUAGAACCCUGGGGUAGUGUGUUUCCCAGUACCUGACCUUGGUCGAUGGGACAUCAUCAGCUUCUCUGUGGGUCCCCUACCAUGUAGGAAGCAGGUCAGCCUUUGACUUACAGAACAAGUUGGAUCAUAACCCUUAUUCAGUGUAAAUCAUUGAAAGAAAUGAUAAAACCUUAUCAUGUAAUAUUAGGUAUCACUUAAUGAAAAGUGGGACAGAAACUUGAAGUUUAGACUGAGACUGCUGCUCAGGAGUUGGUUUGUUGGUCUUCAGAGUCCAAGGAGACUCCUUGGCCUGAACGCUUGUCAACCCGAUGCCAGGGUGACAGACCAGGAGGACCCCAUGCACUCACUCCUUGGCUAGUGGGACUCAGUGAGAUCUCCCAUCACUCGGCUGACCCCACCCUCAGGGAGGGCUGGGCCCGCCCCCAUGUCUUCGGGCCAAGUGCCACCUGCAAGGCAUAUGUGCUUGGUAAGAAGUCUUCUCAGAUUUAACUUAGUCACGGAACAUUACUUCUCAGAUCCUGAAAUUUAUAAUAAAAAUACUUUUAACUACUCUGA